AUGGCUACCCAUCCGCAUCCCCGGCUUUCUUGUCUGCUGCUCUUGGCGCUCCUUCUGGCUCAGGCCUCGAGCCAACACUACUUCCUGCUGCGCCCGGUGCCCAGCGACCAUCUCCCGGUCGUGGAGCUCAAGGAGGACCCGGACCCUCUGCUGGACCCCCGCGAGAAGGACCUGAACGAGACGGAGCUGCGGGCUGCUCUGGGCGGACACUUUGAUGUGAACUUCAUGUCACCGCUGCUCCCGUCUGACUUGGACGAGGACGAAGACCCGGACUCGGAGGCCGCGGGGGACCCGGAGUCGGACCAGCACGCGCGGCUCGGCCCGAUGCCCAAGGACAUCCGCGCUAUGGACUUCGAGGUGCAGCUCGGCAAGAAGCUGAAGCCGAGCAAGAAGCUCCGUCGCCGGCUGCAGAUGUGGCUAUGGUCGUACGCCGCGUGCCCGGUGCUCCACACCUGGACCGACCUGGGCGUCCGCUUCUGGCCGCGCUACGUCAAGGCGGGCCGCUGCUCCAAUAAGCGCUCGUGCUCUUUGCCGGAGGGCAUGCGCUGCGCCCCCGCUAAGGCCAAACACUUGACGCUGCUCCGGUGGAGGUGCGUGCAGAGGAAGGCGGCUCUCAAGUGCGCCUGGAUCCCUGUACAAUACCCCGUGGUGUCCGAGUGCAAGUGCUCGUGCACGAACUGA